AAUGAUAUGUGUGUAUCAUUUGUAUGAACACCGGAAGACACAGAUAUAGUUAUGAUUCGUAGAAAUACGCGUUUGAGAAGAGAAUAUCUUUAUAGAAAAAGUUUAAUUGGCUUAGAGCGAGAUCAAUAUCUUAAAAAGAAAGCAAUUAGCGAUGCUCUGAAUAAAGGUCAACCUCUUUCGAAGGAUUUACGUAAAGAUGCCGCUUCAAUUUUAGAUGAAAUGGAAUAUGAAGGCGAUGUCAAGGAGGCCAUGAAUCCUCCAACAGACGCUUCAGACAGAUUUCCGAAAGUUAGUGAUACCUCCCUAGCAAUGGAUAGUGAAUAUGCACUAGCUGGUAUUUCCGACCCACAAGUUUUGAUCACAACAAGCCUGAAACCAUCCUCUAAGCUAUUGACAUUUGCUAAAGAACUCAAACUUGUUAUUCCUAAUAGUGUUCGCAUCAACCGUGGCAAUCAUCCAUUAAAGGAGCUUGUAGAGGCCUGUAGACAACAUCAAGCUACAGAUUUAAUUUUAGUUCAUGAAACUCGUGGCAACCCAGAUGGCCUAAUUAUUUGCCACAUGCCCUAUGGACCAACCUGCUAUUUUUCAUUAUUCAACGUAAUACAACGCCAUGACAUUGACAACGUUGCACCUAUGAGUCUCCAGACACCUCACUUAAUUUUUGAUCAAUUUGAGACUAAGUUAGGCCAACGCGUCACAACCAUCUUAAAGCAUUUAUUUCCACCUGCCAAAGAUGAUAGCACUCGUGUCAUCACUUUUGCUAAUCACAAUGACUUUAUAUCUUUUCGACACCAUAUUUGGAAGAAAAGCGGAAAGGAUAUUCAACUAAUUGAAGUUGGACCUCGAUUCGAGCUGCAAUUGUAUCAUAUCAAGCUAGGUACACUAGAAAUGAAAGAUGCCGAAAGUGAAUGGGUUUGGAGGCCUUAUAUAAACACAGCUAGAAAAACGAAUGUCUUGUAGAUGUUUUUUAUACAUGUCUCAUCUACAAUAAAGGUUUGCCUAUAUAGGAGCUGCAAGCGCCGGUACAUUUGCCAAAACACCCUAACAAGUACCCUCAACUCUGUCUUCAAUUCCAAGCGUUCUUAUCUAGAUUUAAUAGGAUUUGCGUCUAAUUAUACAAUUAUGCCAGCAGGUUUCACGUGGUCGCCUAUCACUCUUUCUACCGAUUUCAGUAUUUUUACUCAUCAUAGCUGCAUCUCUGGAUUUAUAUUUAUCAUAGUGAAUACACUUAUGUGAAUUACAUAAAAAUUCUUAGAGUUACAUUGACUGCUUCUCGUUAA